AUGGCGAUGAAAUACUUCAAAAACAUCAAGGAAAAGGUGCCUUACAUCAAAAAACCCGUCAAACCCCACACUCCAAUCCUUAGUGACGAAGAACAAGAGUUUUUAAGCGCAGUAGUCAGUUCUCCCGAGAAGACAAGAGGGGACCAUGGUGGCAAUGCGCAGGUCGCGAUAAUGGAUGGCGCACAGAAUAUUCCAUUACCCAUGUCGCCUUGCGAAGAAAAUGACCUGGACAAAGAACUAGCGCUUGCAGGCAGCAAGUCGAGGGCGGAAGAGGAGCAACAUAGCGAGAAGCUGGCACAGGCGAAAAAGAAAAAUCGCUGGAGCUGGAUGAAGAGUGGAGAGGCAAAGACGAAGGCGGAAAAGGAGCCGUCCACCGCUGCCGAGAAAGAAGUUAAAAAGGAAGAGGAAGAUAUCUCAGAAGUUCUUGAAAAGUUGAACCUUGCCGCGGUCAAUAAUCGAGUAUUUUCUGUCAGCGAUGAAACACAAGAUCUACUGGAGAAAUUUAAGUUUGUUUUUAAAGACCUGGUGAACGGUGUCCCAACGGCAUAUAACGACCUGGAAAGUCUCUUGAAGAAUGGAGACAGGCAGCUGCAGAGCUCCUUCAACAAGCUUCCCGACUUCUUGCAGAAGUUAAUUGAGCAGUUGCCGGACAAGGUGACGAAAAAGUUUGCGCCAGAGAUACUCGCGGCCGCUGCAGAACGAGCCGAGAAGCACGGGUUAAGUGCUGACGCUGCCGGCAAGGCGGCCGGAGCCGCGACCAAAAUGGGGCUCGAGGUUCCUAGCCUUAAGGAGCUUGUAGCAAAGCCUGCUGCUAUUGCAGGAAUGCUGCGGUCUAUAAUAACAUUUUUAAAAGCACGGUUCCCAGCAUUACUGGGCGUGAAUGUGCUUUGGUCUUUGGCACUAAUGGUCUUGCUCAUGGUCUUAUGGUACUGCCAUAAACGGGGCCGUGAAGAGCGCUUGGAAAGAGAAAGACUUUCCAGAGAGGCAUCUGCCUCUCAGUUAGAAACGGCAGAUGACGCAGCAGACGACACAGCAGAAGCCCCUGCCACGACUUCUAGCGAAAGUAGCGCAGCUGCAGAGCCCAGCGAAGCCCGGCGGUCAUCGACGCUGCAAGAGCCCUCGCCUCAUCCUGCAACUGGCAAAAAUACACGUCGCAAGACGGUCGAGCCGUAUGAGGGAACUUAA